AUGGCGCGCCCCCCGCGCGGCAGCAGCGGCGUUGUUGUUGGUGGUGGUGGUGGCAACAACAGCAGCGGCAGCUGCAGCGAGGUUGUGCCGCGCCCCACCGCGCUGGAGAUUCUUGAUCAGUUGCCGAACUCCGUGGGCCUCGUGACGCGGCAGAGGCCGUUGCCGUUGGGGAAGCCGCCGCAACCCGCGGGCUUCGGCUUCCACGCGGUGGCGAAGAAGAACAAAUUGUUCGGAUCGUGA